AUGGAUGAAGCCGAACGGAUUCGUGUGGUACAGCAGUUUCCAUACCUUUAUGACAAAAAACACUCCUUGUUCAAAGACAAGAUGGACAGGGAGAAUUCUUGGAAAACGAUUUUUGGUCUAAUGAACGACCAUCAACAGCACGAAAUAUUUAGUGCUAUUGAUGUGGAAAAACGUUGGACUUCGCUGCGGCAAAAAUACAGCCAGCAAAAAAAAGAAAUAAGGACAAUGCCUUCGGGAUCAGCUGGAGGUGUGAAGGUUAAGUGGUCGUUUUUUGACUCCAUGGGAUUCUUGGAGGAAUUUGUUCAUGCCCGGAAAUGGCUCACAACCAAUGGCAGCAAAUGCUGUAUCAAAGAUGUGGCCCCGUUGGCCGAUCUUUGGGAGCCGUUGCCUGAGCUUUGGGAUAGCUUAGGAACAAUUACCUCAGACAACGUGGCCACAACUGAAGUUACUGAGAGCAAGAUAAGGAAAAAAUGGAGCCUGUGGCAGGGACCUCUAAUGAUGCCAUUCGUCAACAAACCGGUGGCGUAUUGUAUUUGCCUCAGCGUUACAGAACCGGCCGUAAAUAUUACCAUGCGAUUGGUCACAAAUUUCCGCUGCGACGCGAACCAUAAAACCAUAGCAUAA